UAGAGCUCCAAACCCUAAUUUUCCUCCGUGCAACUCAACUCCUGCAACAUCGGCUGCCGAAACUCCGAUCCACCGCAGGAACCAACGGCUUCGGCGGCGUAAUCUUUCGGGCUUGAAAGAUGGUUAGAGUCUCUGUCCUGAACGACGCUCUGAAGAGCAUGUAUAAUGCUGAGAAGAGGGGAAAGAGGCAGGUCAUGAUCAGGCCUUCUUCGAAAGUGAUAAUCAAGUUUCUUCUGGUCAUGCAGAAGCACGGAUACAUUGGGGAGUUCGAAUACGUUGAUGAUCAUAGAUCUGGAAAAAUUGUUGUUGAGUUGAAUGGGAGGCUAAAUAAAUGUGGUGUUAUUAGCCCCCGUUUUGAUGUUGGUGUGAAGGAGAUUGAGCCAUGGACGGCUAGGCUACUCCCAUCCCGACAGUUUGGGUAUAUUGUGCUGACCACAUCUGCUGGAAUUAUGGAUCACGAGGAAGCUCGAAGGAAAAAUGUUGGUGGUAAAGUUCUCGGAUUCUUCUACUAAUGGCAUGCUAGUUUUGGGGUUUUUACUUGUUUGAUCAUGUUGCGGAUGCUACUGUUUUGCUUUUCUUCUCUUCUGCGCAUCGACGUUUUUGUUUGAAUUCGACAUUGCUAUUAUUUAUAUUUGAGAAUCACAUGAGUUUUUAUUCA